AUUUUUAAGGGUUUAAGUAUGGCGUAUUCUGGUGGCAAUUCAAACGUUGCGCUACUGUUUCAAUGCAAUGAAUGACUCACGUGUGCAAGUAGGGGUAAAGAAACUCCCUAUGCACCUACAGGUAACAUAAAAAUUACGUAUUGAAUCAUCAAAAAGAGUUCCCAAAAUCGUUUACUAAUUAAAGGAGGGAAGGUAGUCAAUGAUGAUCGUAUGUUUACUGCUGAUAUCUAUAUUGAAGAUGGUGUUAUAAGACAAGUAGGUAGUCAGCUUUCGAUUCCAGGAGGAGUCAGGAUCAUUGAGGCAUCAGGAAAGAUGGUCAUCCCAGGUCAUCCAAACUUUUAAGUGUAGAUUAUUAUUCUGGUUUUUUUUAGGUGGUGUUGAUCCUCAUACAUGCUUUGAUUCCUCUUGUUUUGGUUUGGAUACGUCGGAUGAUUUUUAUUCUGGUACGAGGGCAGCACUUGCUGGGGGAACUACUACCAUAAGUUUGUUCUUUUGAAAUCACUUAUGUUUCAGUCAAUUGUAUUGUCCCUACAAAAUCUUCACUUUUGGAUAUGUAUGAAAAGUCACGUCAGGCAGCAGAUUCCAAAGCCUGUUGUGACUAUUCGAUGCACUUCAUCUUGUCUCAGUACGAUUCCAAAAUAUCCACAGAAAUGGAGCUGCUAGUCAAAGAAAAGGGAGUGAAUUCUUUUAGGGUUUUUUUGUCAAAUACGAACGACAUGUUAGUAGAUGACGGUGAUUUCUUCGAAAUCGCAAAGAGGUGUAAAGAUCUUGGUGCUGUUCUUCAAGUUCAUGCAGAGAAUGGAAAAUUGGUCAAGAUACUAGAGUCGAAAAUAUACAAUGACGGUAUAACUGGCCCAGAGGGUUACUUGUAUUCACACCCAGAAAUGGCGGAGAUUGAAGCUACACAUCGAGCGAUUUCUUUAGCUGAUGCUGCUGGUUGUCCUCUAUAUAUUCUUCAAGUCACUAGCCCAAAAGCAGCAGAUCAAAUAUCAGAAGCUCGUUGGAAUAGAAAUGUUGUUGUGGGUGAAACAUUAGCCGCUGCACUGGGUGCUGAUGGUACACAUUAUAAGAACAGUUGCUGGCGUCAUUCUGCGGGAUAUGUUCUGUCUCCUCCACUAAGAAUUAACCCUAAUACUCCAGACAAGCUGAUGCGUUACGUCUCCACUGGGGUUCUGGAAUGUACUGCUAGUGGUCACUGUACUUUCAAAACUGAACAGAAAGCUGUGGGAAAGGAUGAUUUCCGCAAAAUCCCACCUGGAGUCAAUGGGGUAGAGGAUCGAAUGUCAGUUGUUUGGGAGAGAGGAGUGAUGUCUGGUUUUAUAGACCCAUGCAAGUUUGUUGCUGUGACUAGUACAAAUGCUGCGAAAGUCUUUAACCUCUACCCACACAAGGGAAGGAUCGAUGUUGGAAGUGAUGCUGAUUUGGUUAUUUGGGAUGGUGAUGCAACUCGCACGAUAUCAGCAAAAAAUAACCACGAAAAUGUUGACUUCAACAUAUUUGAAGGUCUUCAGUGCCAUGGCGUACCUGUAGUCGUGAUCUCUGCUGGUCGGGUUGUUCUGGAGGAUGGAGAACUUAGAGUAACUCAGGGUGCAGGUCGUUUUGUACCAGCUUUACCAUUUUCACCUUACAUUUUCGAGCGAACAAAAAGACUGGCGCUGAUGCGUUCAAUCAAACCUGUAAUUCGUGAUUCAUAUACUGGUCCUAUAUCCACAGAAUUCACUGGUCCAAUGAAAGAUGGCAUCGUCAAUAAUGGUACAGAAAAAGCGUCAGUGGGGUCAGAUGCUGAGGGCUUGCGCCCUCGCUCACCUACACGUUCGGGUGGUCGGAAUAUGCAGGAAUCCAGUUUCUCUCUGAGCGUCUUACAGAUGAGAACGUUUCACCAUUUGUGAUAACUUUGUUACAUGACGUAGCAAUUCUCUAUUUUAUUGUGUAAAACUAACUAAAAACCUGCUUGUACAAAAAUAAUAACAUAUUCCGAAAGGAAGAUUUUCUUCGCUGAACCGUCUUCAAUGUGUUUAAAUAAAUGUUGGUUACAUGGAUAAUACUACAAUGUCAAGACGUUUAAACGAACAAAAUUUUCUUUUCGACAAUUUCGUUUACUACGAUAUCCUUAACGAACAGUUGUGUUGUGUGUUACUGAUGUCGACAGACAUAAGUAGUAUGUAUCAUCAAUCAGAAUUAAUGUGCCUGGGGGCAAAAGAUUGAGAAGAGAAGAAAAGGGAGUGCUGAAACGAAGGAACAGUUAAGUUCGAAAUAAUUGAUUGGUAGUUUGCAAAUGAAGAAUUUACUGUAUGGUUCUCAGAUUUUACUAAGAGAUUCCGUAAUUUUGUGUCCAAAUAAAUUUGAUUGUUCCCACUGGUGUUCUCGUUUACUACAAUGUAGCUAACUGAAAUAUAGAAACCUAAAUAAAGAAUAAUCUACUUUUAGCAUACCCACGUUAAUGUAUGACUAAUGAAAUAAAUAUUAAAGACUACUGAAUAUCGAAACUUGGAAAGAAAAACCUUAAGCAUUAAAAUUAUUGUUUUAUGGUCAGUUGAUCCAAUAAAGAAAAUGAACGAUGAGUGUAUGUGUAAACAAGUUAUAGACUGAAAAUUGAUUACCUUAUACCCUUUUUUGCUUACAUCUGCGAUGGUGUAUUUAAAGUUCGAGAAGCAAUGUUCCAGCUAUUUUUGGACUGUUCAGUUCUUGUGAAGUGUUACAUUCAACUUUUGUCAACAUCUUUUUUAGGAGCUCAGUACGAUGAUAGUCGU